AUGCUGUCACUUGAGAACCAGCUCCGGAGGCUCGGUGCUCUCCCGGCUGAAGAUGAGGAGGAGGAUGAUGAUGAUGAAGGCGCUGUGUUGGACCUGGCGCUCACGGCCGUGCACACGCUCCUGUACUCUCUACUCUUCUUCUUCAUCUACUCGCAGCUCUGGCUCAUCCUGCACUACGGCCACAAGCGCCUCAGCUACCGGAGUGUGUUCCUCUUCCUGUGUCUGCUCUGGUCGGCCCUCAGGACCACUCUCUUCUCCUUCUACUUCAACAACAUGGCCCAGGCGAGCCAGCUGCAGCCGCUGCCCUUCUGGCUCUUCUACUGUUUCCCCGUGUGCCUGCAGUUCUGCACCCUCUGCCUCCUCAACCUCUACUUCGCACAGAUCCUGUGUAAAGCCAAAGCGAAAUAUUCCCCGGAGCUCAACAAAUACAAGAUGCCCCUGAGGUUGGCCUUCUUGUUCAUCAGCGUCUUCUUCCUGGCGGUGAACAUUACGUGCUCUCUAAUGGUGCUGACCCAGAAGAACAUGGAAGCUAGCAAUGCAAAACACAUAAUUCUGGCUCGUGUGCUAAUCAACGACAGCCUCUUCGUGUUGUGCGCCAUCUCACUCGCCACCUGCAUCUGCAAACUUGCCAAGAUGUCCUCCGCAAACGUCUAUCUGGAGUCGAAGGGGACAUCAGUGCGUCAGGCCACAGCCACCGGAGCAGCAGUUGUCCUGCUGUACACAUCGAGGGUGUGUUAUAAUCUCGCCAUAGUGGCCGUAUCUCCAAAAGACCGGGCCACUCCGUUCAACUACGGCUGGUACAGCUUCUCCGACCAGGAUGAUGUAGAGAAGAUCAGCGGGAAGGCCUACAUGGUGUUUGGGAUUGUCCUGUUUUUCUGGGAGUUUGUCCCCACCACCCUCCUCGUGGUGUUUUUCAGAGUUCAGCGGCCCAAUCAGAACCUGGCACCGGGCGGCAUGAUCCACAGCCACAGUUUCAACUCCAGGGCGUAUUUCUUUGACAAUCCGAGGCGCUACGAUAGUGACGAUGACCUGUCCAGAAGCCUCAGCUCCAGGAGUGAAAGGGGAAGUAGUACGAUGUCUUCGUCGUCUCAGCUAGGUGCAAGUUGGUACGGUUCCCUCCAGAAGACGGGCAGCUUCACGUUCACGGCACCCCAGACCUCCACCGCUCCACUUCUCCUCUCCUAUGGGAGCAUCCAGACCAGCCAGCACCACAACUACUACUCCACGCCGCAGGACUACUACUCCACCCCUCAGAACUGAGCGACCAUCCUGGAGUUUCAGUUUCAGUCAGGCACAGACAAGACCGCUCUAUGGACCUUAACGGGACAGUUGCUGGAGAUAUGUACGGUAAACCUCCCUGUAUUUUCAAAUAUUCAGCACUUCAAAAAGGGACCAGAGAGAAAUAAUAAAUAAGAAGGUCAGAUGGUGCUGCUUCUGCUCACAGUUCUCCCAAUUCCGCAUUCCCCGAGGAUUCGACUAAUACGUGGACCAAUCAUGAUUCCUGUAAAGAGACUCCCCUUUGAUCUGCACAAUUCCUCCCAUCUCCACGGGUUCAGCACGGUGAUUUCCUAAAAUUCCUCUGCACACUGCUUGAUCUGUGAAGACACCUUAAUACCUUUCGGGGCCUGCUCAUGGUACUGAAAACCUCAGUGCACACAGAGACCCAAGUGUGAAAGUGUCCUCCUGGAUGGCGUGAAGGAAGGAGUCAACUAUGGCCAAUUAGCAAAGACUGUAAAGAUGGUAAAGAUGCUUGCGUAGUGCCAAAACAGGUGUAAGGGGGAAAAACCCUAAUGAAGAUUCAGAUGGGUUGAAUGUUCUUGGAAAGGUCUAUUUUUAUGAAGUGUGAAUGAGUGUAUAAAUGUAUAUGUGACACAGAAUUAAUGGUACUAACAUCUCACUACUAAGCGUAUUCUUCAACGUGGGUGCCGUUCUACAUUUUCUUUAGGGAUGCACCAAUCCGAUACGGAGUGUCGCUGAUGGACCGAUGUUGGCGUGAAACACCGGCAUCGUGUUCGGUAACAUUUUACUUUACAUAACCGAAUCGUCUUGUGUAGGGCUACGUUACACCGUCAGAAGCCCUUUGUGACUGAUUCCUAAAAAAACGUUUCCUAAAAACCGCGUUCGACGAUUUGACGUAACAUCAUCUCAGAUUCCGAAGUCAUAUAAUGGUGAUAACGUAUCAUAGCAAGUGAGGCUAAUCGGCAUCGUAAUACAGCCUUAUAUCAACAAGUUAUCUACACGUACCAGCCACUUUAAUAGGAACACACGUACCCCUGCGCAUUCAUGCAAUUAUUCAGUCAUGUGGCAGAAGCGUAAUUGUUGCAACUGUCCGUUUCGGCGAGCCCGUACCCGCUGUAGCUUCGAAUUGUUGCUCUGGGCUGACGGGAGUGGAACCCGACCUGGUCUUCUGCUGUUGUAGCCCAUCUGAUUCGACGUGUUGUGAUUGGGAGAUGCUUUUCUGUUCGCCGUGGUUGUAAAGAGUGGUUACUUGAGUUACUGUAGCCUUCCUGUCAGCAUGCACCAGUUUGUCCGUUCUCUUCUGACCUUUCUCAUUGACAAGGCAUUUCUGCCCCAGAAUUGCCGCUCACUGGAUAAUUUUUCUUUUUAAAUAGUUUCUACACACUCAUAUAUAUGCAUUGCGUUUCUGCUGCUGCUUGAUUGGCUGAUAAUUGCUGGACGGUUGCCAUGAAUCAGCAGCUGUAACGGUGUUCCUAUCAAAGCCACAGUGUGUGUGCCAUUUGACUUAAAUUGACAGGCCGACGCCUGUCAGAAUAUGCCUAUGUAAAUGUUUCCGUAGGUUUUAUGUCGAUUUGCAUGACAGGCUUAUGUGUUAUGUGAUGGGAAUGUUGAUGAGGGCAUGUAUUGUCUUAAAGUGCAUCGUGAACUGAAACACUGAAAUACAGUUUUCUCGACAAUAGCAACAGCUUUUUUUUUCUUUUUAUGUGAAAAACGUCACUAUCUGGUGUCAGCUGAUAAUCUGGUGUUAGUGUUGUAUAAAAAUGUAUUGGUCUAUCCCUAAUUUUUUUUUUUGUUGUUGUUGCAUAAAAUUGUGUACAUAAACGCCAUUUAAAUGAAUAAAAAAAUGAAGAUCACAAGCUUCUCGGUGAACUGAGCCCAAACAAUUAGCGCACAUGUUUAGAAACUGAGAGUUCUUUCACUGACGGUUAACGUGAUUGACCCAACAGCUUUCACCUCAAAGUACAGAGGAAAGGCUAUAUUUGAUCAGCAACUUUGCUUCUUUAUUUUUUGCAGUGAAGCUACAGAGCUAAUGUAGAUAACAAGUACUCGAAGUCUUUCACGUGAAAUCUUUUUUCAUCAAUUUUACUAGCUUUCUGGUAUAGCUCCACCAUUCAGCUUUGGGAGGCAGGGCCUAGGGGUGGUUUUUAACAUUCGCACAACUGCUAAUUAGCAUAAUUUGUAAACCACGGUACUAGAUCAGGCUUGCCCGCUGUUUAGAAUGAAAUUACACUUGACCUGCACCGAGGAAAAACCAUUUACGCAUUUCAAAAUGGCCGCCGGAAUUUCAAAAUUCCAUGUAAGGAAUAAAACACGACGGAGUGCGACGUUUCCACACCGAAGUUGAUUAUUUUCCUCUAACACAAUGUUCUGAAGUGUUUUAUUCCCUCUCGUACCACAGCCAACAACUAUAGUAUUAUUUAUUAAAUAAUGCCAUGUACGUUUAUUGUUCGCAAAACAAGUUAGUUCCCGUUAUCGCUUACUUUAUAUCAGCGCUAAACAGUCUUCCCCUCAUCAGUCUCUUUUGGUUUUCUCGAAGUUAAUAACACACACACACACACACACACACACACACACACACACACACACACACACACACACAUAUAUAAAUUUAGCAUGUUAAGAUUCCCAGAAAUUUUAAAACACAAAGUCCUCUGUCUUGAAGACAAAAUGUGUUCACCGACGCUGGAGACUCCAUAGAAACCGUAACGUAUUACAACGAGCGCAUUAAUAUUAACGUGAUUUGUCUUGUAGCCGGAACUACUAUCAGAGCUGCUAUUAUCAAAAAAAAAAAGAAUCAUCACCUUCUCACCAAUCAGAUUCAAGGAUUCAACAAUAUUGUGGUAUAAAACAUUCUAACUCUCAGCUACACGGUGAUUUAGGUAGUAUUUUAGACACGGUUUUGUUAGCUCCGUUAGUCGUAUCGCGUCAGUGCAAAACUAAAGAAGCAGAUGUUGCACACCGUAUUUUUUAUGACCGUCUAAAAUUUAGAUAAUGGGGAAAUGGUGAACAUUUUGAUAAAUCCGAGUCAUUCCUAUCCCUUAUAUUUUGUUUUACUUGAACGUGGGCACAAAAUAUCAACAAUCAGUGAGUGAAAGCGAUCAUGAUUGGAUUAAUCAUCUCCUUUUUCCCCUCUACGAUGGCGUCCUCCACAGCACCGCACACGUGAUGGACGUCUCAGUCUUGACUUUUACGGAUGUUUUACGUAUGUGAGUGUUGUGUGAAAGAGUUUGUGUAUUUGAUUUAGCUGGAAGUCUUCAGAGUUGUGUAGCAUCUGUGUGAAAAGCUUUUUUCCUUAGUUUUUUUGUAACGCAGAACACCGGUGAAAGGAUGCAGCUAAGCUUUAAGUUGCACAGGAACGCUAAUCUGUUUGGUAUGUUUGUGUAACUGGUCCAUUUACGGCUCGGUAGUAUUGACCAUAUCUGUUCUUUUCUGUCUGAAAUACCAAGAAAGCCUUUAUUGUAUCUUUUAAAUGUUUUGUUUGUGUUCGAUGAAUGUAAUACCUUUAUCCAUUUUCAUAGUUUAAAAAUGUGAGCACUACCAAGAAGAAAAAAAAAAUCAAAUAAAGCCUUACUGCACUGUU